AUGCAACUUGCUCAACUUCCGAACAUCCUAAGGGGUCAGAGAGCUCCAAAGGGGGGCGCGUCCGCAGGUCAGAAGCGAAAGCGCACCAUAGCAAAGACAGCAAACCAAGCAGAUGGAGAAGGAGAUGAAAGAAGAUUUGGAGGAGGAAGGAGAAUCAGGGAGGACGAAGAAGAAGAAGAGAGAUCACCCGAAGUGCCAGCUGCCGUGACGUCCGAAGAGCAACAUACGACUCCAAUAUUCCAUCCCCCAGCAGUGCCGCCGCAAAUCUCAAGCAUCCCCACGACGGGAUCCGAACUGGCCCAUCCCAUAGAAAUGGGCCCCGAAUUUGAUCAAUACGCACAUGAUCUGGGUCUUGUACUAGCUACAUUUUGGGGAUCACAUCCAAAUAUCUCAGCUUCUUUGGAUAGCUUGGACGGCGCCGGUGACCUCUCUGAUGUCGUAUACAACCACCUGCCAACCUCACGGCUAAGCGGGUCGGGGCUUUCACCAUCAUCAUUUCAUUUGGACCUGGGAUCAGCUGGUCAUUUGGAAAAUUAUGGCCCGCAGUCUCAUUCAAAGCCGAUCAAUCACCCUCUACCGCCUCGAUCAGCUCAUGAGUUCUACAUCAAGAAUACUCCGUUGGACAGCAAAUUCAUUGGAAUGGGCUCUGUCGGAUCGACUAUAUUCGAGUCUCUCAGGCACUCGAGCUCCCAGGGGCGAUCAAUGGAAUCUAAAAUUUUAAACCAUCUGGUCCGGGGUAUUCAGCAUGUUGAUGAAGUAUCUGUUUUGACGCCCUUUCGGGCACCUCCUUUACCGCAACGAGAAUUUGCAGAGCAAGGAGUGAAAGCAUACUACGAUUUUGUUCAUUUGCUAUAUCCUUUAGUGGAAGGCGAAUUCUUCCGUUGUUGGCAUCAGCUUUACGAGAGCCCCGGUACAAUUUCCGCCGCCAUUUAUUCUCGCUUUUGCUUAGUGGUGUCCAUCGGGUCUCUAACUUCACCACUCCAUUCGAAUACUCAAACCUGGGAGACUGCGAAGAUUCUCCAAGAACAGAUAUGGUCCCUUAAUGACCAGGUCAUGGCAGUGCCUUUUAUGGAAUCUGCACAAGUAAUGUUACUUCACACAGUGUUUUUCCUUACCUGCGGUAAAACUGGAAUCGCUUGGGUAACUUGUGGUAUGGCUAUACGCAUCACACAGUCGUUGGGGCUGCACCAAAAAACGCCGCCUCAACUAGGCCUUAACGCAGAAAACAUACUUUUAAGAUCGAGACUGUGGUCAGUUGCAUAUACGUUGGAUGCCUUCCUCUCACUCUCAGAGGGGCGACCUCCCGCGACAACCUCACCUCCGAACUUGGAACUCUCCCAGUCCAUCUCUGAACACGGAAGCUCAAUACUGGCCAUUGACCGGCCGGAUAGUUAUAUACACGAUUGGGACAUUGGUCUGGCAAUGAUUGCGAAUGAGGUCCAUCUUUUGCUGAGGGAUAGCGGCUCACCAAUUGGCGCACUGUCCCGCAUAACCAGGUUGAUUGUGCCAAUCGCAUUAUCCAGCUGUUUCCUUCGACCGAAGCUCAUAAAUUCAAUCAUGAAAUCAACUCGGAUAAUUGGUCAGUGA